AUGUACAGCCAACUUUAUCGACAGUUUAUUCUCCUUCUCCACUCCGUUAUUAUCGCCAUUUUCUGCAACUUGAUCGUCCUUCCAGCAUCUUUUCGCCAUGAUGAUGACCGGUUUGUGGCCUGCAGCCAGUCCUAUUCAUGUGGGUCGACAAUACAGAACAUUGGCUAUCCCUUUUGGGGAAACACCAGGCACCGGUACUGUGGGAAAGAAGGAUUCGAGCUCAAAUGUCACCACAAUCAGUACUCUCUCAUUGAGACUGGACCUCAAAAAUUUCGAGUCCUGAAAAUCAACAGCCCUGAGAGAAUUAUAACCAUCGCCCGAGAUGAUCUUUGGGAUGACUUUUGUCCUGGAAUAUUCACCGAAACCAAUUUAGGCCAUGCUCUCUUUCAUAUAGCUCCAAACAACGUUAGAUACUUCUUCAGAUUGUUUUAUGACUGCAGUGGCAAGAUCUCACUUCUACAGAAUUCAAGUUCGUUUAGAUGUAAAGUAGAAGGUAGAGAGAGAAUUGCUUUUUACUUCAGUGGCCAACUGUUGGGAGAAAAACUUCCGAACCUCACCAGUAUUUGUAAUAAUUAUAUCAGAGUCCGCGUUUCGUGGAGUUCAGUGGAUCAUCUUCGGGCUGGGGAGUUCGGAAAGGCUUUGAAUAAAGGGUUUGAUGUGGAGUAUACUGCACGUUUCUGUAAACCUUGUGAGUCUUCUGGAGGAAUGUGUGGAUCUAAUUGCUCAACUUCGAAUCCUUUAACUGUGUACUCAACUUCGAAUCCUUUUGUGUGCUUUUGCCGUGAUAAAGCUCUUCCAAAAUCCUGCGCUUCUGGUAAGUAUCCAGUUCUUUUUCUUCAUUAG